UUAUCUUUUUUCCUGCCCGUGUUGUUAAUGUUGUGAUCAAUGUUUCCCUUGAAGUCCCUUGCGUCAUGUUAGACAACACCAACCAGGGAGUACAUUUUUACUAGCCUAAAAGCCUCAAGCACCAAGAUGUCAUCCAUCAACAAAUCGGGGAAGAGAUUCACCCCGAAAAUCAAGCAAAGAACUCGUCGUGUUCCAGGGCUGAUGACGCCUCAGUCGUCACAAACUGUGCAACUGGCUAGAACGCCGCAGGCAUCUCCAAUAUCUGUUGCAGUACCUACCUCUCCUAUUUCCCAGAAAAUUGCUGAUGAAUUUGCUUCAAGUACUAAGGAGGAAGAGUUAAAAGAGGAGCCCGUCUUAAACCAAGCCUCUACAUCGAUACAAAAUGAUAAUAUAAUUCAUGGUGACGAAGAAGUAAAAGCAGGGGGGAAACGAGAAACAAAAAAGGGGGAUGUUUUUGCUGAGACAGAGGAGGAAAGCCAAGCUGUUGAACUAAAAGGUAAACGUGAGUUGAGCUCUGUUUCUUCCUUAGGACUCGAGAGUGAGACAGAAAGGCUUAUAUCUGGACAACAGCCCAAGGUCAAAGAGUCUAACGGAAUUAAAUUGCAAGAAAGAAAAUCCAGUGUGACUGGCUCAGGACACCUGUUUACACAGCCUUCCAGUAUUGUUCAUAGGACCCGACUCAAUUCGUUAUCGAUCCCUACUCCCUUAUCUACGGCCCAGUCGACGAGCCGAAGGGGAAGUGUGGUAAGUGCAUCCAACUCCAGGCGUGGUAGUGUCAUUCUACCGUCGGCUAACCCGAUUGCUCCUAGUGGCCUAGGAAGCAGAAGAGGCAGUGUUAUAGGAGGUUUGGGUCCUAUCACACCAGGAAGUCGGCGAGGUAGUGUUAAUAUCCGUCCGGUUUUUGUACCUAUUGGUGGCGGCGAUAGGAGUAGACGAGGAAGCGUAACAAUUAAUGGAGAUGAAAAGCCUACUCCUAUUCCUAUCUUAAAGACGAAUAAAAAACGCAGAGCAAGUGUCAACUAUGGACCCAAGAAACGGAAAGACGUCAAUGUUGGUGGUAUUUCCAUCGGUGGAUCCUUGGCUAUAAAAAAGAGUGACUUCUCCUCAUUAAACACAUCGAGAAGUGGUGCUAAUAAAGAAAACGGUAAUGGGCUUAUGGAUAGCGACAUUGAGAUUGGAGACCCAAGAGACAUGACAACAAUUAGAAAGGUAGGGGCUGCGAAUAAUGGAGAUGGUAAUGAGGUUUCUGGAAAAGAAUCAGAGCCGGUGAAAGAGAAGAAGCUUGAAUUAACUGAGUUUGAGAAAGAGAAUAAGCAAAAGUGGUUACUAGACCGCAAGAUGAACAAAUUUGUGCUAGUCGACACUGAACCGCUUGUAAAGGAUAAGUCCAAGCAAAGUGAUUUCGAGCUUGAGCAUGAGAUUGAGAGUUUGAGUGAGCUUGAACAAAUGCGCAAAGCAAAUAAUGCAAAAUUAGGAGGCAGUCUCAAAUUCAAUGCAAAGAAAAUCAAAUUGGAAGACUUGUGCAAGCCUUUCCUUCCUGUUGGAGAACUUUCUAAUCAAUACGAAAGGGCCAUGGAGGCGGAGAAGAGGCUCCAGGAGGCACGAGUAAAGCGGAGGGAAAUACGAGAGAAAGCCCGACAAUUGCGUAUGAGUGAAAAGGAUGUCAUGAAAUUGAGUGAGAGCGGCGCUAGUCUCAGCACGGAGCUAAGCGAGAAGGAGAGGUUGCAAAAGGUAAAGGAGUUGAUGGAGAAAGAUCGCACGGAAGAGCACAAGAAACAUGUUGUGCCUCUUUUACAGAUACAAGGCAACAAGCUUACGUAUAGCCAUGAGUCGACUGUUGUUGACAGGCACGAGGAGAGCAAUACCGAAAUGGAGAAAGUGGAGGAGAACCCGUUUGAGAAUAUAGUGACGAGCAGCUCCUAUUCGAGAAGGACGACCACGCUCCGGUGGACUCCGCAGGAGGUUGCCGAGCUACUCAAGGCUAUCUCCUUGUGGGGGACCGACUUCGGGUUGAUUGCCAAACUCUUCCCCCACCGGACUCGGAAGCAGAUCAAGGCGAAGUUUUUGCUGGAAGAGAAAGUGCAUCCGCAUUUGAUUGAGUUUGCGCUUUUGCGGAAACUUCCUGUGGACGUGCGAGAGUACAGCGGUAAAACGGGUAUUGAGUUCAAGACGCUUGACGAGUACAACCAACAGAUCCAGGAGCUCAAGCUCAAGCACGAGGAGGAGCUGAAGGCCAUGGCGCAGGCCCGUGAGCAGGCCCAUGCGGAGGACCGGGCCCAGCAGAACCUUCACGGAGACGGUUCGCAGGGCGUGCCGACGAGGCGGUCCCGGAAGGCUGUCAUUGCCGAGUUCCGGAAGAACGAGGAGAUUGUUGGAAGUAUCGAGUCCGGCGGCAACUAGGCACCGGUCUAGACUGGCCUCGCUCCUACGCUUCGGAGCCUCGAAUCUCGUGCGAUCCGAUCUGAUCUGAUCUGAUCUGAUCUUUCUAAGCUGUCUAAUCUGUCUAUUUUUAAUUUGAGAGACGUGUUUUCAUACGACGCGCGGGGGAAGAAAAAGUGUAUG